AUGUCAGAUGCCGAGCGAAAUAAGCAAAUACAGUUGAAUAGACUACGUGCGAAGGAAGCACUCAAAGAACGCGAUAAGAUUACGAGCAAAUCGCGAGAGCUGAAUAACAAUAACAAGCGCAACUUGAAACAUGUAGAAGGCCAUGAUGAAGAUGUACAUAACAAGUCACGUAGGAAUGCAUCAACAAGCGACAGCUCUCAGCCACUCAGACGUGAUCCACGAUUGGGACAGUAUUAUGAAUACGAUUUAUCCAAAAUGCAGAACUCAAAAGGUGGUUUUUUGAUAGAAGAUGACCACGGUUUGGGUGAAAAGACAGAGAAUGAAAUACGUAAAGAGAAGCAACGUGAGAUGGAACGUACACUAGCAGCUUCCUACGAGCCUGGACUUAGCAUUGACCUUAACGCAAAUCCCAAGUGCAAGCUUUGUUCUAGCAUCGAAACAGAUAGACAAAUCUUACAAACAUUUGGCAUUAUUGUUUGUCAUAAAUGCAAACAAGCCCAUCCGGAAAAAUUCAGUCUGCUUACAAAAACAGAAUGCAAGGAGGAUUACCUCCUCACCGAUUCAGAGUUGCGUGAUGCGGAGAUCAUGCCUCAUCUUCUCAAACGGAACCCUCAUCGAGCGUCCUGGAAUAACAUGAUGUUGUUCUUACGCGAGCAGGUUGAAGAUUUUGCAUUCAAGAAGUGGGGUGGUCCAGAAGGUUUAGAUAAGGAAUGGGAGAGACGUGAGCAACUGAAACAUAAUAAGCGUGGCAAGAAGUUCCAAGAUUCACUUAAUGAUCUACGGAGGAGGACCAAGAACAAUGUAUGGCAACAAAGACAAGAUGCUCAACAUGUUCACGAUUGGACCACCCAGGAUGAUAAGCAGAUAUGCAACGUCUGCAAUCUCACUGUUGACGUCGAGCAUUUCUAAUUUAAUAAUUUAUUCUAUGCACAAGCUAAUUGUAAUUAUCUAGACCAUAUU